CGAGACAGGAAGACCUGUCAAUUCCUCCCAAUCCAUGAGCACGGCCUCUGCAAAAUAGUUGCACUAGCCUACAUGUUGUCACAGACAGUGACACGGGGGUUUUAAGCUGCAUUCCGACACAAGAGCCAUUUCACAACUGAGGCAACUGAACCAAAACCUCCCUGGGCGUCUCAUCUCAGCCCUCCAUGCUCCUGUAAUCCGGCGGGUGUUAAGAUCCAUGGAAGUAGCCGGCUUCUACGACGAGGGCGGAUUUGCUAUCCACAGUAGAGACAGCAUUAUCAGUCCCACCAGCAACGGCUCGUACUGGAAGCUCGGCGACUCGAUGACGGAGCUGGGCAUUGAAGAGCGGGAGAGAGCGAUAGACUUCAGCGUUUACCUGGAUUCAGCUUUGCACUGCCCGCAACUGGCGGCGCAGACGCACCACCACCACCACCACCAGCAGCAGCAGCAGGGGGACGUUUUCUCAGAUUUCCUGGCGGAGAGCAAAAUCAAGAGAGUUGCAGCUUUACAUAACUACAAGAACUAUUCGCUGUUGAACGAGCUGGAGACGAAUCAGUGCGACAACUUGAGGGACCCCAGGGAGUCCUACGCGCUGGGUUACGCUGAGCUGCAGGAGACCCGUGUGGAUAGUGUGCUCAGCCCUGAACUCAUCGGGAGCCGCUACAGAGCUGCUGCUGCUGCUGCUGCCGCCGCCGCUGAAAGAGACGACAGUCCGGAAGACGUGAAGAUGGAGAACGGGUCGUCUGGUUUUGACAUGAGGUCUUACCUCCAUUACCAGUCCACCAGCGGCAGUAUUGGCAACAUCUCCACCGCGUCCUCGACUUGCUCCAGCCCGCCCGGCACACCUGCCCCGUCAGGUAAAAGCAGGUCACCAUCGCACAGUGGCAAAAUGUCCAGCGGGAAAUCAAAGAAACGCCUUGACAAGGACAGUGACGAGUACAGGGUGAGGCGGGAGAGGAACAACCUCGCCGUGAGGAAGAGCAGGGACAAAGCCAAAAUGCGCAACUUGGAGACCCAACAUAAAGUGCUGGAACUGGCUGCGGAGAACGAUCGUUUACAAAAGCGUGUAGAGCAGCUGUCCAGAGAGCUGGCCACCCUGCGCAACCUGCUCUCUGCCACCGGACAAUGUUAGGAACCUCCAGCAGAGACUCCACACAGACCUGCGGGCUGAUUGUCUUGUUAUUGAUGGACUUUAGAGCCUGAGGUGAUCCACUGAAAGUGUUGAAAACGGUACGCUUCACAGGUGAAGAAUGCGACCACCAGUUUACAGGGACAAUAAUGGGACUGAAGCAGUGGGUGCAUGGAUUGCGCUAUCAUUCACCAAUCUUCACAAGUCACCAUAGCUUUAUUCUCAGAUGUAAUUGUUGUGUAUACAGUAUUUUGGUGCAUAUUUUACAUACAUGCGAGUGGAUUUCUACAUUUUGUGUUUCUGGAGCAAUGGUUGUCAAGGGAAGAGUUGCUGCAGUGAAAUGAUGCAACUCUUUGUAAUAGUAUUGCCAAUGAAUGAAAUAAGUCUAAUUAUUUAAUAUCGAAAGGGGAAAUGCUUUAAUUGUACUUGAUAUUUUAUUGAAUUAAACAGAUUUAUACUUUCUCUAAACAAUUUCAUUUGUAAUUUCUUUUCUCCUUUUCAAGCAAGUGCAGACAGUGGUGUUGUGCUUGCCUUAUAAUAUUCACACAUUCAUGAUAGUCAGACUGUGUACUAGGGUGUGUUUCACUACAACAUAUUGCAGAUUCAAAUAACUGGCUCAACAAUAAGGCAAAUUUGCAAUCUUUUUUAGGUCAAUAUGCCGAAAUUGAAAGAGAAAUAAACAUGCUAAAGGA